AUGGUUAUGAUGAACCAGCAGCAAGAGCAGUACUCACUCAAGCACAACACAUUAAAGGAUUGCAGAAAGAAAGACAAGAAGGCACUGUAUUACCUAGACGCUAAGGUGGAUGAAGAGGUAAUGAAGAAGAUCCAGCAUGCAACUACGACAAAGAAAGCCCGAGAUAAGUUGCAUACUUCUUACAAAGGUGAUGACAAAGUGAAAAAUGUGAGGUUGCAGACCGCACGAGCCCGUUUUGAUUAUGUUAUCGCUGCAAUUGAGGAAGGAAAAGACCUGAAAACUAUGACAAUUGAUGGUCUAAUGAGUUCGCUAUGUGCUCAUGAAUAUAGAAUGGACUUGAGAUCUGAUGCAGGGUCUAUUGAACAGGCUUUUCAAAGCAAGGUUUCUGUGAUGGAGAAGGGCAGUUCUAGCAGAGAGGUGGAAUCCAAGGCAUCUAAGCCUAAAAGAAGGUAUGAUAAAUCUAAAGUAAGAUGUUAUCAUUGCAAGAAACUUGGUCAUUAUAGAAAAGAGUAUGGUGUAGAAGAAAGGGAAACUCUGUUGUUAGCUUGUAGUGUUUAUGAAGAGGAGGAACUCGACAAGUGGUAUUUGGAUACGGGGUGCAGUAACCAUAUGUGCGGUAAGAAAGAACAAUUUCACCAGUUAGAUGAAUCAGUUCGUGGUGAUGUGAGUUUUGGAAAUAAAACCAAGGUACAAAUCAUGGGAAAAGGUAAAAUUCUUAUUCGCUUAAAGAAUGGUUCUCACGGGUAUAUAUCUGAUGUUUACUAUGUUCCUAGUUUACAUUGGAAUCUAUUAAGUUUGGGUCAACUUUGCGAGAGGGGAUUCAAAAUUAUGAUUGAGGAUGGUGUAUGCAGGAUUGAGAACAAGAAAAACGAAUUGGUUGCUUAUGUUAAAAUGACUAAAAAUCGUAUGUUUCCACUGAAUUUAUAUGUUGAGUUUGUCAAAGAUGUGUUGUUUAGUUGA